AUGCCCACCCCCGAAUCGGCCGCCUUCCUCGCCAAAAAGCCCAAGGUACCACCAACAUACGAUGGGGUGAACUUUGAAGACACAGAGGCCCUUCACAACGCCCGUGACGCUAUCAUCCGCGAGCAAUGGGUCCGCAGCAUGAUGGCCAGAUUGGUCGGUGAGGAAUUGGGCAAGUGUUAUCGGAGGGAGGGCGUGAACCAUCUGGAGAAGUGCGGCAAGUUGAGAGAUAAGUACUUUGAAUUGAUCAACGAACGCAAGAUCAAGGGUUAUCUGUUCGAGGAGAAGAACUACUUUUCAAAGGAGGGAGAGAAGUCGUCGUGA